AUGGUUCUCAAACUCCUUCGACAGCCCCAUCCAGACCCAGCGCUGCUCACCACGCCCGAUGACGUGCGUGAUGGCACCGCUGUUGCAGACGAUGCGGCCAAGGUCAACCUUGUUCCUUCGGAUUUCAAGGAGCAUCCCGCCACCAUAACCUCUGAAACGGAAAUACGCGUCCCGCAAACCGAAGAGGAUGUUCCCACCGGCAAGGGUAACGCGAAGGCGGCGAAGGCGAAGAGUAAACUUCACCAAUUAGAAGAUGAAGCGCGCAAGGACUGGAGCAAGGCGCAGGAUGAAGGCUUCUACCUCUGGAACGUGGUUAAGGAACAGUUAUUCCGCCCUGGAGUUGCGGGUGGCCUCAUUGGCAUCGUGAAUGUUGGCCUUCUCUCGAGUGCAUCAUAUCAUCUUUACACUCGGCCUCACCUUCGAUCGGAUGCUCGCGUGCUGGGUGCGACCGUCGCCGGUGCUCUCACUAUCCUUGGAGCAGAGAGCUAUGCCGCAGAGAAGUAUAGUCAGACGCCCGCUGGAAAGGCGGAGGAACGACGCGCCCGCGAGGAAGGUGCUGUCAUCUACAGACACGCUCGUGAAGUGAUCCUUCGUCCUGGCGUACUUGGAGGGCUGGUCGGCCUCGUGAACCUUGGUGUUCUCGGCGGUGUCGGCUACAUUGCUUAUGAUAACUGGACUAAGCCUCACUGGGACCGACGCACCGUCUCUGCCAUAACCGUCGGCCUGUUCACGUUGUUCUCUGCUGAAGGGUGA